CCCCACCAACAAACCCUCCGCGGCCCAUCCUCUUCCUCGCCGCUUUUCCUUCUCUUUUCUCCACUCCGUCCGUCAAAGGCCGAGGUUCCGAGCCCGAGGCCCUCAAUUAUUCAUCCAUCAUCCGUUAGAGAGAGAGGUGUGUGUAGCGAGCAGUGUCUCACUUUGCUUUCGUUCUCGUUGGUUCCGGGGGUUUGAGGGGGAAGGGAGCGGAACAGGGAAAAGGCGAAGAACAAAUUUACAAAUUCUCUAGCUCGCUUGCUCCAAUCUGUUCCAGUUCAUAUUUGCUCUUGUUUGUUGAACUCGAUGCAGAUCGAUCCUGCAUAUAGACCUUCUUCUGCCGAGACCCACGGAGGCGAAUACGAUAUCUGGAAGCAAAUCGACGAUGCCGAGCGCCAUCUAGUUGGCAACAUGUUUGAGGAGGCAGCAGCCCUGGCUUCUUCCAUUGUUCGGAAUAUUCGGACUUCUCAAUUAGAACAUAUUGUGGAUGAUAUUCAAUUGGUUGAAAUGGUCGAAGCUGCUGGUAUGGUACUUAUACAGUCACUGAAGGAACUAGGGAGGAUAUCACAACUAUUUGUGGAGCUUAAAGAGGUUUAUGGUUCAGUGGCUGCUAUACCUGUUCAAGUUUUCCUAACAGGGGCUAGCAUGCAAAUAACAGAAGGGUUUACAUCCAAUCUUGGCGCAGUCUUUGAGGAUUACCUUGCUAAGUGGGAAUGUACAAACGAUGGCAUUUAUAUUUUGACAGAAGGAGAAGAAGACUGUCGCUGCAUACGACAGUGUGUACUGUCUGCUGAAGAUUAUUUGGAUGUGGCAGAGCUUUACACCAUAACAUUCCUUGGGACAGUCUUACAUGAGACUGAACUUGCUAUAUCUUGGACAGAGGGAGUGAAAUUGCGUGAAGAAGAACGUCAGGACUUACUGAGGAGAUUGCACUCAUUGCAAUAUACUGCAAACCAUAGAUCUCCUGCAGGUUCGGCAGAAAAACAAGCAACAAAGGAGAGUCAUCCUUCAUCAGCCACAAAUGCCUCAAAGGUCGAAGAAUAUUCCAAGACCAUCCAACCACACUUCUUAUCAAGUGGGGAUAAGUUAAAAGCAGGUCUAAAAUCCCUUCAUCCGUCCGUCCAACGGAUUGACCCUUGCUUUUGGUGGUUUCGGACGGUGCGGAUUAAAUUUGGAAAAGUGCAGCUGGUGCUUCCGGGUGCAAAGUUGCUGCUCAUUGUCUCAUUGAUCUUUUCGACUUACUAUAUUCUUCGAAAGCGAGGAACUGUAUUGAAGAGGAUAGCAUCGAGACAACUAUUAUCUCUGAGAAAAGCGUUGGUUGAUGCCUGGGGGCUUGCUUUCUCGAUCCAGAUGAACCCACUAGCUGCUGUUCAACAGCUACCCUCUGCUCCCCAAAGAAGCUGGUGAUGAUCAUCGUAUCGCUUUGGGCAUGUGGUUAUUUUCCUCGUGCCAAAGUUAAUAAGGAAAAAGAGAAACUUGUUAUUAAAUGUCCGGUUUUUGUACACGCCAUGUUUUGUUUUUGUUUUUUGGUUUUUUUGGGAGCUGUUGGAAAGGUGACAGAUUAUAACAUGGACCAUUUUUUCCCA